UCUCGCUCUUGUUAUUGCCUACACAUUAAUUUAUUCAUAUCAUCCACAUAUUAUUACUAUUAUCAUUAUUAAUUUUUUACCCCUUCACAAUGCAUCUCAAGACUCGUGUCUGUAGCUUUGCCAAGCGUGCUGGCGAAAAGAUCAAAAGGCUCAAGAAGCUCAAGAAGCUGCGCCCCCACCGCUCUACGAAAGACAAGCAGUCGGCCGACGACUCGACUGUGCCAAUUGCCUCUGCUGUCGAGCCAGAAUCGGUUCCAACACCAUCUUCUAGUCAGAUAGCAGUAUCGGCUGGGAGGUCUCACUACCAGCAUGAUGGUAGCGAGAAGGCCAUCACUGGAUGUGCUAUCCAGAUUGUCCUCCAGCGCCUCAAAGAUACAGCUGUAAUUGAUUUGGCACAGGGUAUGUGCGCAAACGGCAGGGUCUGUGCAUCUGUAAUCACGGUGGCCGCAGCUCUGAUAUAUGGAGAUAUCCCUCGGGGUGUCGCUGCCGCAAACGUCAUCCGCGCCGCAAUGACACUGGUUUCGUACACGUACAAGAGCAAAGUACCGACUGCCUUUGCUCCGACUCUCUUAGAAGGAGUGGAGGAAGAUGACCGCAUGGCCAUUGUAGCUACCUCUGGAACACCAAUUGAGCCCAAGCGUAUUGCUCCUGCAGAUGCUGAACCCACGGAUGUUGAGCGUCUGGCAGAGCUCCCUUACUUUAGGGAGCCUGAACUCCCUACCGCCAAUACGAUUGAAAUGGAGCUGAGAGAGGCGAUGGCAACAGAGCUCCAGCGCCCAGCCAGUGUGGAUAGCGACAUGACGCUUGCUGUUGCUGCUGCUGCUGCCAGCGAUACCGAUCAUUCCCACCUUAAGGGCGAUGGUGUGGGCUUCUGGAAGAUAUGUGAGAGCAUCCUGGAUGUGCUCCUCACUCCGGUAACUGCUGACUUUCACGGCUUCACUGCCAGGGGCGUGAACCAUUGCCUUGACGAGUGAGCUGCUGUUUCCUUACACUUUAGUCCUCUUCAUACUCGUCUUUAUCCCGUUUGCAGUCCAAAUACUAG